AUGUCUUUCCCCUAUCCUGUAUCUCAGGCUGCUGCCAUCAAGAGUAGACAUCCCAGGCUUGAAGGGGAUGCGACUCGACGAACCAGAAAAGACGUGGUGCAGUGGGCAAUUGAUUAUGGGCUAGUCUCUACCUUGGAGAACGUGGACGAGGUUGAGGACAUAGCAUCAUUCUUCGGCACUAUCACGACUUCAAGUCGGGCAGAUCUCGAGUUGACGCCCAUCCACCAAGCUGCCCUUUGCGGACACGCCUCUGUCGUUAACUAUUUGCUGAAGAAAGGAGCGGAUGUCAACGCCAAGACCACAAACGGCCUCCUUCCCAUGCACUUGGCCCGGACGGGCGAGGUGGUACAGCUUCUUGCUGACCACGGCGGCCGCUCGAUGAUGGUGCCGCUUCAUCCGGCCUCGGGGCGGAUCCAAACCAUAUCGCCCAAGACGGCACAACGGCUGCCGAAGGCGCCAUCGUACAAGGCAACAUCGACGCUCUUGGCAUACUUCUCGAUUCCGGCGUCGGUGCAAAUAAGCCUCUUCCGAGUGGAGGUUUCCUACUAUACAAAGCCAUAUGGCUUGGGGCAAAGAGAUCACGGUGCCGAAGUGGCCAAAACCAUGGCCACCAUGCUCAUGGACCGAGGAGCAUCUCCCAACAGCGGCCUAGAUUCGGCCUUGGACGCCUGGCAAGGCAAUGAACCAUGCCAUACACCGACUUUGUUUCUGGCUGACUUGGUCCAGCUGCUCCUGGAGAGAGGCGCAGACCAAUAUAUGCCAUAUACUCGGCGCAGAAGACGCUUCUACAUUGCCGGGAGGUCAAUCCGUGGAUUUGAACAUGCCUAUGACCCAUCGCUUGUCGCCAACCUGUUCGCUGCCAUGACUGAUCCUGGGCCUCGCACGCCAGACCCCAAUGGUAUCCGGAAACUACAGCUACUGAUCCAAUACGGUGGCAACAUCGACACGACGACACCGUCGGGCGACACGUUGCUGCAGCACAGUCUACGUCAGGAUGGCUCAGUCACCGAGCGGGUCUUGGAAAUCAUCCCCCAUCUCAUCGCACUCGGCCCCGAUGUCACACGUAUCGACUCGGAAGGCAACAGCACUCUCCACCUCCUGUUGCGCCGGCUCUCGCCCCUCUAUUCCCUUAUCGACAUGCUCGUGGAUCGGGGCGCCGACCCCAACGCAAAGGACGCCGAGGGAAGGACGCCCUUGAUGCAUCUACACGACAGUCCGACUGCAUUGCUGAUAACCGCCCUCCUACGACACAGCGUCGACGUCGAGGCCGUCGACAAGCGAAGCUGCAACGCGCUGCACUACGCUACAGGCGAACCGGCGGACCCGUUCCAUGACGAGCCCUGCUUUCGUCUGCAAGUGCUGUUGAGCCACGGCAACGAGGGGGCGGCCCCCGGUGUGGAAACCGUGAACGCUUACAGCGAGUCUGGGCGGACACUACUCCACCUGCUGCUCGAAGCGCGAUAUAGGCCGCCGCAAGUCGUCAUGGAAGGACAACCCGCCAGGACCCCGAGGCCGGGCUCUGGUAAUGCUCAUACGAGCCGGCGCCGACGUGCGAGCGCGAACCCGCCGGUCAUCGUCAGAGUCUACUACGGUACUACUACUUCUUCGGCCGCCGGAGCCGGAGGCGGAGAAUCGCCCCUACACCUGGCAGUGCAGGGCCACGAACUUGAGAUCCUGCUUGCGACCCGACUCCUGCUCCGCCAUGGCGCAGCUGCCGACAUCAACUACGUGUCGCCGGGCCAAGGACUGACGCCGUUGAUGAUGGUAGUGGCAGCAGCUGGUCGGGGUGAGCUGUCCCGGAACGUAACCGAGGACAUGGUAGGCUUGCUGUUGGCGGCGGGCGCGGAUGCUCAGAUGCGUGACGCCAGGGGCCGUACUGCUUGGGACGUAUUCGUGGGCCUCAAAAGGCUCACUCCCGUCUAUUUCGCCGUGGACUUUGUGUUUAGAACGAGUGGCGCUUGGGGAUACGGGGGCCGACGACAGCCCUGGCAGGCUGGCCCUGGGGGUGGACUGACACUGAGUUCAUGGGUUGUAUAG